AUGACUGUGAGUACCCGUGGGAAAAAGCAAACGCCUGGCCAAAAAACCCAUUCUAAAAGGCCGUAUAUCCGACCUUGUGAUGCAUGCGCAUUUAGAAGAGUGCGCUGCGAUGCUGAGUUCAAGAUGGAUCGCAGAUGCACCAAUUGUUUCGUUCAUGGAAUUGAGUGUACAAACAACAGAGUCAAACAGAAAUCUGGACCCAGAAAAAUCCAUAAAAAGACCGAAGAGGCUAUUAAAAGCCUUGUAGAAGGAAGCGGCGCGAUCAAAAACCUCCGAUUGACCACUCCGUUCGAUAACCGAUCUGACUUGAUCAAUUCUCCCACCUGUGAGAAAAGCUCAAUUUCGCUCAGCGAGAUUCGACCGUACCUCAGAAUUUAUAAAUCCCGAUACUAUGCGCUCUGGCCAGUCUUGUCGGUUGAUGACUGCCUGAAUCUUCUCAACGAAAGCUCAGUCCACAUAAAUGAUACCGCAUUUUUCAUGCUGAACGCCGGCAACGCGUCGUUGUAUGCUCUCUCAUGUGCCUUGUGCGCAGUUAUUGCAAGACACACCACCUUCUGGACCCGCGAAGAAUUUGAUACAGUGGCUCACUUAGGACUCAAAAGCUGUCCUCCGUCAGAGACUUAUGUCAGGGAGGCAGAGAGAGCUAUUUAUAUGUUUGACCUUGACGGGAUGCUCACGGAGGAUCAGGUACUAACUAACUUUUUCCUGCAUAUAUACUUUUCAUCUCUUGAUGAGGACAACCUGCAAGAAUUGGUCUAUCUCCGACAGGCAAUCAGCUGUGCACAAAUGCUUCACCUUCGAGAUAGCGAGGUUUUGGGAGAAUCGCCAAAAGAUACAUCUCACAGAUUCAAGAAAAUCUACUACUUGCUUCUCAUCACAGAGAGGUAUGUCUCGUUCAAAAAGCAGCUUCCCGUGAUUUUAGAGCCGACGAUGCCCCUUCCUAGUUUGGAAGACGAUGAAGCCCCAGAUCUGUUACCUGGAUUCAUCGAACUUGCGCAAGUGUUCAGUGUUCCUGAUUGCGCUUUCUUUAACAAGUACUCUCUCCGUCGCACUACUGCUGCACUUGAUCCUUUCAGCGAGAACUUUGACCUAUUGUUCAAAAACGAGUGGAUCCAAGACGUGCAAACCAAGCUCUCUAGGUCCAUCGUUCAAGUGCGCAACCAGUCUCAAAAGGUCAACAUACUAAUUUCCCGAACUUGGUUGCAAUCAAUUGCCUGGUUGAUGGCUAGAGAUCGACUUCUUCUAACGCCCACGAGUGAUCAAGCCAACUUCUUUGAUCCAAGAUAUCCUAUUCAUAUCGCGAAAGACUUUCUGGUCCAGACGAAAGAUAUGCCGUACCAGGCAUUUGAAACCAACGGUAGUGGUGUCAUUGUGAAGCUAAGUGAAGUCGCCAACGCCCUGCAGACCUUUAUCCAAUUUGCUCCAGGAUCGCCCGAUACAGCCCUAGCGCUAGACGAGCUUGCAUGCAUCCACGGUAUUAUCAUGCGGCAGAAAUCCAACGGCUCGCUCGGGCCUCUUAUACACACUAUCACUGAGACUUUGGAAGCUCGCAGGCUCGGAUUUUAUCGAAGCAACUGGGAUAUUUCGUGUCCAAGAAUAGAGCCAGCAGAUUACGAAGAGAACCAAAACGAACACACAGCGGAAAACGUUGCCUCCGUCCCGGAAAAUCUAAACCUGACACCUCUUCUGAGGGAGUUUGAGUUUCCAAAGUGA